UGUUCUCCUCCGUUAGAUGGCAGCAACUGUUUCCGGUACCGCCUCACGCCCAAGGAAAAUCAGCAGCAGAAGAAACGCACGUACAUAAGCACUUCCUUUCCUGCAGAAGCUACUACUAUUUUGACUCGAGUCAACUCCUUCAGAGACCAACAUGCCGAUUUUCCAAAGGAUGUUCGCGAGCCGUGUUGCUCAAACACUUCGGCAACACAACCUCACUCAGCGAGCCAACAUCACCGGCAAACCGGCUAAAGAAAACAUAGCCGCAGUUGAAACGGCCGUUGGAUUGGGUUUGUUUACCGUGGUCAUCCUGGGACCAGCAGGGUGGGUCCUGUCCCACCUUGAGGACUACAAAAAGAGAGAAUAAAUGUCUGGUGUCCAAUGUGAUCUUUCCUUCCCAUCCCAUCUACCAGCCACAACCUGAAGCCAUGCGCACACAAUUGGCUGAGAUUUCCACUCGGCAUCUUUGACCUCUCCUUUCUGUCAUUUAAACAAAGACUGGCACAUUUUAACUUGUAUGUUACAUGCAGCCCUGUAUGUUACAUGAAUAAAUACAACUAUAUUAAA